CAGAUCACGUCCAGAUGACGGAUAACAGUCUAUUUGCCGGCUUGGGUGGGAUGAAAAUAGCCCAGCCAAGCCGCAGACAAAUGAAGGAACCCGAGCCGAGCCAAGCAGCGACUGCGAAAUGCGGGCGGGAGUUCUUCUGCCUGCCAUUCCUCGAUCUGCGCCUGAUCGUCACUGACAAGAUCUCAUAUGCAUGGAGGUCUCUGAUCAUUGAUGAGCGAUCACUGCGGCUACGGGCACCAAAGGAAAAGCAACGUAAAGCAUACCGUAAUAUGACUAGGUGCGAAGUCAACUCAGCUCGUCCGACGGCAGAGGUGGGAUGCCCAAGCUGCUAUCACUCAAUUUGGUCAAGGUCUUGUUCCUCAUCUUUGAACAGAACUUCGGUCUAAUUGUCGGCCAGCAUCUGAGCACAAUCCAACCCGGCAGAUGGACUCAGAUCCAGCGCAACCACCACAGGUCCACAUCGACGUCCCGGAUGCGCUAUAUCCAAGAACCGUCGUCUUGUGAGAUGUUGUGCUCGGGAGAAAUGGCGUAUGUGCUCCCAUCAAGCAGCGCCUCGUGUCCCUUGACUCCGUCAUGGUCGUUGUUCCAGGGAAACCCGACCCGAGCUACGAGUUACCUACUGAGGCACGUUCGGGCUUCACCAAAACGAGACAUGACGGUCUGGUCUUGUCUCAUCUCGCUGCCACGCCUAGUUUGUUCUGCUCUUCUGAGCUCUGCCACGCCAUGCGGGACUAUUCAGAAUGAAACCAUGAGUACAAACACCACGCCAACUGCAGAUUGACAAUGGCACUGGCCAUGUUGACCGCCUUGUUUCUCCACGACCGGAAAUACUGCGUUUCCUCGUCAGCCGCCUAGUGGCCUGUCACGUCCACUCUUUAUGCAAGAUGGCAAGAUAUUCUCCCCUGCCUCAACUUCGCCC